AUGAAAGGUUUUUUACAUAUGUUUCCUAAUUACUUGAUUGCAUUUGUGACUCCAUUUGAAUCUGCAGACCCAACGGUCAAGGAGAGUGGAUCUGUUCAACCAGGAACGGGCGUUGGAGACGAAAAGGAGCAGCUCGAUAUUACUGACCUGUUUUCUAAUUACUUGAUUGCAUUUGUGACUGCAUUUCAAUCUGCAGAUCCAACGGUCAAGGAGAGUGGAUCUGUUCAACCAGGAACGGGCAUGGGAGAUGACGAAAAGGAGCAGCUCGCUCUUAGUGAAGAGGGUGGUGUCAAAAACUCUCAACAUGUUCCAUAUGCAAAAGAUAAAUUUCCUGGUAGUGUCAAAAACGCUGACAAUGUUCCAUAUGCAUCAAAGGGUUAUAAAGGAAUGGAGCAACGCCUAAACCAGAGUUUAAUCAGUGAUGAUUACAUUUCACUUUCUUCCAGAGGAGUAAAUUGCCUACGGAAUGCAGUCUGCAACAUCAGCGUUUGCAAAUGCAACAGCCAUCUGCAAAUAUCUUUGAUAUUUUGUUGA